GGGCGGAAAAAAAAAAAAAGCUUGGAGGAGAGAGGCAAGUGUGAGCGGGAGCAGGCAGGCGAGGGGAGCGAGAAGCCGCGGGCUGCCGGGCGAGGAGGCGUGCGGGCCGGGGACCUGGGCUGUGCAGCUGGAGGGCCGUCGGGGAUCUGCCCCUCGGGGCAGCAGAAGAUGCUGAGGACCAGGAGGCCAGGGGAGCGACGAGCUGAGGCCCGGAGCAGGCGCCAAAGUUAGGGGGCCCUGGCCUGCGAGGGGCACAGAGAGGGGAGAGCGAGGGCGAACUGAGCGGAGGGGAGCCGACUUGAAGGGGACCUCGAGCCCCACUGGCCAGGACAAGUUUGGGGGAGGGGGGAGAUCGAAGCCACCCUCCUCCCCGGCCUGCACCCAUCGCCUCUCUCCGCCAGCACGGAUCCAGCCACAGACGGAGGGACGGAUUUCUCCGUGGGAUGUAGCACCCACCGCCGGCCUUCAGUCUGGAGCUGUUUUCUCCAGAGGUUACGCUGGGAAACUCCGACCCCCCCUAGGUCUGGCUCCAUCCCGGGUGGUGAGGACAGCUGCUGGAGCUCUGCCCGGGGCGGGAUGAACGGACACAGCCGGAACGGGCAGGCCCACGCCCCCCGGCGGAAGCGCCGCAACCGAUUCGUCAAGAAGAAUGGCCAGUGCAACGUUUACUUCGCCAACCUCAGCAACAAGUCCCAGCGUUACAUGGCCGACAUCUUCACCACCUGCGUGGACACGCGCUGGCGGUACAUGCUGAUGAUUUUCUCCGGCUUCCUGGUCUCGUGGCUUUUCUUCGGCCUCCUCUUCUGGUGCAUUGCCUUCUUCCACGGCGACCUGGACCCCGGCCCAGCCCCAGCACCCGGACCUGCUGGAGCGGGCCCCGGGGGAGGCGGGAGCCCACCUCCCGCGACUGUCAAGCCUUGCAUCAUGCAUGUGAACGGCUUCCUGGGAGCCUUUCUUUUCUCAGUAGAGACACAGACCACCAUUGGCUAUGGCUUUCGCUGUGUGACAGAGGAGUGCCCAUUGGCCGUCAUGGCCGUGGUGGUGCAGUCCAUCGUGGGCUGUGUCAUCGACUCCUUCAUGAUCGGCACCAUCAUGGCCAAGAUGGCACGGCCCAAGAAGCGGGCCCAGACGCUGCUCUUCAGCCACCACGCUGUCAUCUCCGUGAGGGAUGGCAAGCUCUGCCUCAUGUGGAGGGUGGGCAACCUACGGAAGAGCCACAUCGUGGAGGCCCACGUCCGGGCCCAGCUCAUCAAACCGUACAUGACAGAGGAGGGUGAGUACCUGCCCCUGGACCAGCGGGACCUCAAUGUGGGCUACGACAUCGGGCUGGACCGCAUCUUCCUGGUGUCCCCCAUCAUCAUCGUCCAUGAGAUUGAUGAGGAGAGCCCCCUCUAUGGUAUGGGCAAAGAGGAGCUGGAGUCGGAGGACUUUGAGAUUGUGGUCAUCCUAGAGGGCAUGGUCGAGGCCACAGCCAUGACCACCCAGGCCCGCAGCUCCUACCUGGCCAGUGAGAUCCUCUGGGGCCACCGCUUUGAGCCCGUGGUCUUUGAGGAGAAGAGUCACUACAAAGUGGACUACUCACGUUUCCAUAAGACCUACGAGGUGGCCGGGACACCAUGUUGCUCGGCCCGUGAGCUCCAGGAAAGCAAGAUCACGGUCCUUCCUGCCCCUCCACCACCGCCCAGUGCCUUCUGCUAUGAGAACGAGCUGGCACUCAUGAGCCAGGAGGAGGACGAACUAGAGGAGGACGUGGCUGGCUUGGGGCUGGAAGGCGGCUCCAAGGAAGAUGGCGGCAUCAUUCGCAUGCUGGAGUUUGGGAGCCACCUGGAUUUGGAGAGGAUGCAGUCCACCUUGCCCCUCGACAACAUCUCCUACCGCCGGGAGUCAGCCAUCUGACCUCCUGCCCUCCCGUCCAGCCCUGUGUCCCCUUUGUCACCUUGGGCCCUGAUGUACCCCCAUUCCCUAGCCUCUUGUGGGAAGAUCCCCCUUUCUAGACAGGAGAAGGACCAGCAGACUGUGAUCAUCCCCUUCCUCAGUAUCCCUGGGACAAACGCUCUUCCCUCCCAAGGACAGAACCCACCCAGGCCAUAGGAACCCUUCUGGUGGCCGCCUGGGGCCUCGAGAAGAGCAGGAUGCCUUCUCACUUCAGUGCCCAAGAAUUAGACUCUGGCAACAGGGAAGCCCCUAUCCCUGAGUUCUGCCGAGUCAACCAUUCCACGCCAUCUGCUGCUGUGGGCCUGACUCCACUUGGGGACCCAGAACUGCCCAACAUGGCACCCCUAGGCCCUUCCAGGAUAUGCCCCCAGUUGCCCUGAAGAACUUUGGGAAGUUUCCUGGGACAGAUACAGGGGCAGGAGGCUCACACAGAGGCCAGGGCUAGAAGGCUGGUAGGGGGGAAGUAGAAGGAAAGGUUUACCUUGCAUGUUAGUGACCUGUCACACAUCCUUUUGUAAAUAUAUACAUAUAUAUAAAGACAAGAAAGAUCUAAUCCAGAUUCUUCAAUUUCCAGGGGCAGGAUGGGGAGAUGAAGCUGGGCCCCUUGUCCUCUCCCUCAUGGACUGGCCCUUAGAGCCAGUGGUCCUUGGGCCAUCUCAGAAUGAGGGGGUGCUGACUCAGGAGGCCCCCAGGGACAGGGCCGGAGCGCCACUCCCUUCAUGUGCCAGUCCCACCUCUGCUGGUCCCCCAGCUGCCCACUCCCAGCUUCUGCCCCUCCUCUCUACCCUUCCAACACACACAUCUGUACAAUGGGAUUUUUAAUUAUUUUUAAUAAAGUAUCCAAUCCUCUUGGAGCCACACGGGCCAAAAG